AUGAUUAUCGAAAAGCUUCUAUUUCGUCGACGUCUUGAUCGUCAAAUGACAGCAAUGACUUUGGCACGUGUUAUUGUUCUUAUUAUAUGUGGUUUACCAUUUAUUUGUAUUUCUCUAUAUCAACUUAAUGUAAACAACAAUGUAAAUAAUUAUAUGGAAUUAGCAAUCGUUAGUCUCUUAUUAUCAAUAACUGCUUCGUUGAUGCAUACUAAUUUUGUGAUUAAUUUUUAUGUCUUUUUAAUGGUAUUAUCACGUUUUCGUCGUCAAGCGAAAAAUGUUCUGAUAAAAAAACCUUAG